AAUCAUAUGAACAAUAAACGAUUGAUUUCUUUGAGUCAGUAUUAAAUAUGUUGCGUAUAAAGAUAUAGAAGAAAAAGAUAUUACAGUAUCAAAUAUAAACAUUGAAGUAGUUUGUGUUCAGUGAAAAAUCAAGAGUCGAAACGACGCCGAUACCUAUGGGCUUCACAAUACACAAGGCAACAUGUAUGACAUGUUGUCAGAAUUUAGAGUUUCAGAAUUCGAUUCGUUUGUCGAUAUACUAAGACUGACACCCGUUGACCCAUUAAAUACUUUUGGUGAAAUGUGGUACCCAGUGUUUUUGUGGUCUUUGUGUUCAUCAGUCUUUGUACAUACUUGUGCUGCUCUUGUUGCUUUUGGUACACUGAGGAAGCAUAAGUAUGGGAAGUUCUUCCCCGUACUUUUGAUUGUUAUGGGUGUAGUGAGCCCAGUGACGUCUGGUGUAGCAAGUAGUGCAGCUGUUGCAUUCAUUUAUCGAGCAGCAAAUUUAACUAUGCCUCCUAUACAUGCUAUGAUAUGGGGCAUAGGGCAAACUCUACUGGGUGCAGGUAUAGGUUUUACUAGGAUUUUAGCUACACUGUGAUGACAAAUUACUGUGAGAAUGUCCGAGUAUUUCUAUCAACAGUUGAAUUACUAUUCAAUGAAUUAAUAAAAGUCAAUUAUCUUAAUUACUACCAAUAAUACAGUUUGGGAAAAGGUGUUGAAAUGAUAUCUGCAAGUAUAAUAAAUUUACUAUUAACUAAAAUCAAUAUCAUAUAGCUUGUUUAUCAAUUAUAAGAAAUUUAAUACUCAUCUAUAUUUAAUGUGUACCUUUUCUAAAUUAUAAUAAUUAAUUGCGAUAUUGUGUUCUUAAACUAUUGCCUUGAAGUAACCCACUUCUGAGAUUUCUUGCUUUUUUGUAUUAUAUGGUUAUAAUAAACUAUCAUCAUGAUUAAGAAAUCAUGAUAUGAUAUAAUAAUGUGAUGUUGUGGCCUAUAACUGAAUAGUAUAAAUUUUUAGAUUUUGUGUAUAUGUUACACUUAAAGAUUGAAAUCACAAGGCGUUGUGGUCACAGUAAAAUAUCCACAUAGUGAAAUUUGAAUCAAGGCUCUUAUGGAAACACUCAUGAUGCAUUAUGGUAUUCA